ACUAGAAGCGAGCCGGCGGCCUGUGGAGGGGACUGACUGAGCAGCGCACCCGGGAACCUGGAGGCGCGGCGGAGCGAGCGGGCCCUGAGCUGACAGAUCCGGGGCUUGGCCGGGACUGUGGACUAGCGGACGGGCGAGUGCAGGGAGCAGCCAUGAUCACUUCAGCCGCUGGAAUUAUUUCCCUUCUGGAUGAAGAAGAGCCACAGCUUAAGGAAUUUGCACUACACAAAUUGAAUGCAGUUGUCAAUGACUUCUGGGCAGAAAUUUCUGAGUCUGUAGACAAAAUAGAAGUUUUAUAUGAAGAUGAAGGUUUCCGGAGUCGGCAGUUUGCAGCCCUGGUGGCAUCUAAAGUAUUUUAUCAUCUGGGGGCUUUUGAGGAGUCUCUGAAUUAUGCUCUUGGAGCAGGCGACCUCUUCAAUGUCAAUGAUAAUUCUGAAUAUGUGGAGACUAUUAUAGCAAAAUGCAUUGAUCAUUAUACCAAACAGUGUGUAGAAAAUGCAGAUUUGCCUGAAGGAGAAAAAAAGCCAAUUGACCAGAGAUUGGAAGGCAUUGUGAACAAAAUGUUCCAGCGAUGUCUCGAUGAUCACAAGUAUAAGCAAGCGAUUGGCAUUGCUCUAGAGACCAGGAGACUAGAUGUCUUUGAGAAGACUAUACUGGAGUCUAAUGAUGUCCCAGGAAUGCUAGCUUACAGCCUCAAGCUCUGCAUGUCUUUAAUGCAGAAUAAGCAGUUUCGGAAUAAAGUAUUGAGAGUCCUGGUUAAAAUCUACAUGAACUUGGAGAAGCCCGAUUUCAUCAAUGUUUGUCAGUGCUUAAUUUUCUUAGAUGAUCCUCAGGCCGUGAGUGAUAUCUUAGAAAAGCUGGUAAAGGAAGACAACCUGUUGAUGGCCUAUCAGAUUUGUUUUGAUUUGUAUGAAAGUGCUAGCCAGCAGUUUUUGUCAUCUGUAAUCCAGAAUCUUCGAACUGUUGGUACCCCCAUUGCUUCUGUGCCUGGAUCUACUAAUACGGGUACUGUGCCAGGAUCAGAGAAAGACAGUGACCCUAUGGAGACGGAGGAGAAGACAGGCAACACACCGGUAGGAAAGACACCGGAUGUGAGUCCAGAGCCCAAGGACCAGACAUUGAAAAUGAUUAAAAUUUUAAGUGGCGAAAUGGCUAUUGAAUUACACCUACAAUUCUUAAUACGAAAUAAUAACACAGACCUCAUGAUUCUGAAAAACACAAAGGAUGCAGUACGAAAUUCUGUAUGUCAUACAGCAACUGUAAUAGCAAACUCAUUCAUGCACUGUGGCACUACAAGUGACCAGUUUCUUAGAGAUAACUUGGAAUGGUUGGCCAGAGCCACUAACUGGGCCAAAUUUACUGCAACUGCCAGCUUGGGUGUAAUACAUAAGGGUCAUGAGAAGGAAGCCUUACAGUUAAUGGCAACAUACCUUCCCAAGGAUACUUCUCCAGGAUCAGCCUACCAGGAAGGUGGAGGUCUCUAUGCAUUGGGUCUCAUUCAUGCCAAUCAUGGUGGAGACAUAAUUGACUAUCUCCUUAAUCAGCUCAAGAAUGCCAGCAAUGAUAUUGUUAGACAUGGAGGCAGCCUGGGCCUUGGUUUGGCUGCAAUGGGAACUGCACGUCAGGAUGUAUAUGAUCUGCUGAAAACAAACCUUUAUCAGGAUGAUGCUGUGACAGGGGAGGCAGCUGGCCUGGCCUUAGGUUUGGUUAUGUUAGGUUCUAAAAACGCCCAGGCUAUUGAGGAUAUGGUUGGCUAUGCACAAGAAACUCAGCAUGAGAAGAUUCUGCGCGGUCUAGCAGUUGGCAUCGCAUUAGUAAUGUACGGGAGGAUGGAAGAGGCUGAUGCUCUCAUUGAAUCUCUCUGUCGUGAUAAGGACCCAAUUCUUCGAAGAUCUGGAAUGUAUACUGUAGCCAUGGCUUAUUGUGGCUCUGGUAACAACAAAGCUAUCCGACGCCUGCUACAUGUUGCUGUAA